AUGAAGCAGUUGUUCAAUAUAAUACACUGUGAUCACUUGAAUGGGCAUGUUCGCUCCAUUUAUGACAAUUUGAAUACAGAUAUCUGUGGCAUUGACCGUGUGCGUCGUGUUUUUACGUUUUUCAGCAUUUUUCUGCUACUUUUUGGAUGGAUGUUUGUUUGCAGUAGAUACAAAAAAUGCCAUAAAACAUUGCUCAUGUUCCACAAUGAACGUGCGGCGAUCUCACUGCUCCUUUUGGCCCUGAAUAGCUUCGAAUUGGCCAGAAUCUUUUUGCCCCACCAAAAUGUUCGGAAUCUGAACCAACUCUUUCAGUCAAGUCCCAGGGAUCUCAACUAUUUGGUUGUCAUUGGAUCGGGUGAGCUCUGGAACGCGAUCUUCUCCACCUUGCUGACCCUCAUGCUAAUGCUCUACCAUCGAAUGGUGGAGCGCAAAAAGGCGACAGUGUUUUUGUACGCCAGCACCGCUGUGGAGGCAUUGACAUUUGCCCUGCUAUCCAAUGAACUUUUCGAGCUGGGUCGCUACGAGGAUUUCCUGGAGCUGCAGACGUGCCUGGUGGCCAUGUCUGCCAUGUGCAUGGUGUUCCUGGCCAUGCUGGACGGAUUAACUGUGUAUAAAGAAUGCUAUCACGACGACUAUUUGGAUGACUAUGGCAAAAUAGGCUACAAGCACUCAUUGGCAACAUUUUACUCCAAGUCCUGUUUUUGGUGGCUAACUCCACUUUUGUGGCUGGGCUACAAGGAACCGCUGGAGCUGGAGGAUUUGGGCCAAAUGAAGCUGGAGGAUAGUGCCAGGUCGCACUACGACCACUUCUUGUACAUUUACACUGAGAAGAAAAAAAAGUCAAAUUCAUCCCCAUCCCUGUGGUAUUGCUAUAUAAAGAACAGUUGGCCAAUGUUUGCCCUGGGCGGAAUUUUGAAACUUGCCGGUGAUUUAUUUGCCCUGGUUGGACCGCUGGCCAUACAGAAAAUCGUUGUAUAUAUCGAACAACUUUAUGCCCAGGCCUCUGAGCCGCCGGAGAAGUCACCCGGCGACGCUCUGCUGUCCACCUCCUGGAUUCUGGGCACCGAAUUCGACGAGGUCUUCGGCACGAACAUCGAUAAGGUGCGAAUAUAUAGCAGCACCUGGUCGGAUCUCCUGGCGAAUGGAUGGUGCAUCGCCUGGAUCGUCCUGCUGGCGGCCAUCACACAAGGCGCCCUGUCCCAGGCAUCGACGCACAUACUCAAUAUGACGGGCAUCAGGAUUAAGACGUCCCUACAGGGUCUAAUUUAUAGAAAAAGUUUGCUACUCAAUGCGGACGGUGGCUGCGAUAGCAGUGAUUCCACGGACCCAGUUCAGUCAACUUCUCCCACUCCGGAUGAGAAACAGAAAAACGAUGAUUCCAUGGCAACGCCAGAGCACGUGGACAAUCCAAAUGAACCAAAUAUCAGCCAUGACAUUGGCAGCAUCACCAACCACAUGACCGAGGACACACGGAACAUCAUGGAAUUCUUCCUGAUCAUCCACUAUGCCUGGGCCAUUCCCUUCAAGAUAGCCGUGGUCAUAUAUUUAUUAUAUAUGAAUUUGGGUAUCAGUGCAGUGAUUGGAUCCAUUGUUUGCAUUGUGAUAAUGACGCCACUGCAGUUUUUCAUCGGAAAUGCCAUGUCCAAAAAUGCAGAGGUUAUAGCGAGAUAUACCGAUGAGCGUUUGAAAAAAAUACACGACACACUAGUUGGCAUUAAAGUGAUAAAACUGAAUGCCUGGGAUGAGGUAUUUCUCAAAAAGAUUCAAGAGGCGCGACGAAAGGAGCUCAAGUAUCUCAACAAGGAUGCCACAUUCUGGACCCUAAUGGCCGUACUCACACAUGUUGCCACCGUACUGAUCACAUUCGUUACUCUGGGCGUUUAUGUGUGGCUGCAUCGGGAUCAGGAGUUCGAUUUGAAUGCCAGUCGUUUGUUCUCCUCGCUGGCACUUUUCCAGCAGCUAACCGUUCCGCUCCUGAUCUUCCCCAUCACAGUGCCCAUUAUCAUAGCGGCCAGGGUAUCGACGCGUCGAUUGGAGCGAUUCCUAAAGUCCAGCGAGAUCCAGAAGCAAUUCGAGGGCAUUCGCAAUAUGGCCAGAAUUUUGAGCAAAAGCGAUGCCUCAUUGGAUAUGUAUGAAACGCAGGAGAAAUCGAAUAUGACCAUGCGAACGGCCCAAGCGGAAAACAGGCUAAAUGAAAAGCGACUCGCGCAAAAGGCCCAAACUCCUGAGCUCGCCACUAACUCCACGCCACUGCUGCAAAAUGCCGAGGAAUCGGCGGAGGAUAUCUCGCCAUCCACUGUCCAGGAACUGGGCCACAACAAGCUGGUGCAGCAGCGAAGGGAACUGCUACGGAAUACACCAUAUGUGGCCAUUCGGCCGCCCAAAAUGCGCGGCAGUGUGAUGGAGAGACCCGUGGAAUUCUCGGUGAUUCGGGCCAGAAACACGGAUAGCUGGCGACGUGAUUCCCUACUGCUGAAAAUGCCCGACGACAUUGCCGUAUCGAUCAACGACGGCCUCUUCACGUGGCAGCCGCAAAGUCAGAUGCCAGUGGUGCAGCUCCAUGUGCCCGGCAUCAUUGUUCCCAAGGGAAAGCUAACCAUAGUUGUGGGCAAGAACGGCAGUGGCAAGACAUCCUUGCUAUCGGCGCUCCUCAUGGAGAUGCCGCUCCUCGCAGGCAACAUGUUUUGGCAUAAAACCUGCACUAUUUCCUAUGUUUCACAACAACCUUGGCUCCUAAAUGACACCAUUAGGGAGAACAUACUUUUCGGAGAGUCCUUUCGACCGAAACGUUAUGAUUUCGUAUUGGAAGCCUGUGCCCUGAAACCGGAUAUUGAGCUAAUGCCUCGAGGAGAUCUUACCAUCAUCGGGGAGCGUGGGAUCAAUAUCUCUGGUGGACAAAGGCAGCGAAUUGCCAUAGCUCGAGCUAUUUAUUCAUCGGCUAAUGUGGUCAUUAUGGAUGACCCAUUGGCUUCACUUGACAACGAGGUGGGCGAGCACAUAUUCCAGCACUGCAUACGUGAGAUGCUACAAAAGUCGAAUCGAACUUUUAUCCUUGUGACUCAGCAAUUGCACCGCAUUAAGGAGGCAGAAUACUUAAUUGCAAUAAAAGAUGGUCGUAUUGAAGCGUGUGGCAGCUAUGCGGACAUUGAAUUGAUGCAACCGCGAAUUACCGCCGAGUGGAACGCGAUCAUUGCGAUGGCGAAGGCCAAGAAGGAUAACCCACCCCAGAAUCCAGGUGAAAAGACAGCAGGUGAGCGCUGGAAAUUGCUGAGGAACGUGAGCAAGCUGGGAUUACAGCGCUCGAUUUCGGUGACGAUGGAUGCGAGUGCGGCAUGCCACGCGGAUGCAACUGAUGGCAGUGGCUGCAUAUCGGUGGCCAAUAUGCAAUCGAAUGUGGUCGAGGAGGAUGAGGAGGAUGACCAAGUGUCUGUGUCAUAUACCAUCGGUAAUGCAUCCUGUGGCGGCUUCAGCUUGCAGCGCAAACGUUCCAGUAUCUAUGGCUCCCGGCAUCUGAUGUACGAUGUACCGCUGCCGAUCGACGAGUGCCAGGGAGACGAUGUCAUCAUGCGUCCUCGUCGCCGGCACACUCUUGGUCGUCGUGGUAGUCGGAACACCAAUUCCUUCCAUCGAUUGAGUGGUCUCAGCACCCUGACGGCCACUUCGGAGUCCAGUUCCACCAGUGGUGAUGUGCUGAGCCGCAGUGUCUUGGCCACCAGUUGCAGCAGCUAUGCGGAGAGCAGUGUGGAUGGUGGUGAUUUGGCCACGGCGGCACCAGAACCACGAGUUCAAUCCUGGCAGCCGACACAGCAUGUGACUCAUCAUCAGCCGCUGUCACGGAACGCCUCCUCGCCGCCAGCCAUGGAGGUGGCCAAUCCGGACGUUAAGAAGUCGGAGGAUUCCAGGAGAUCCAAUACGAGCUCGGAGGGUCCUUUGGAUGAUCAUGUUCGCGGCAGUUUUCAGCAGUUCCUGCGACGAAUGUCCAUGCGGCGUUCGAAUAAGCCCAAAACCCAUCAUCAUCCACUCAGUGCUUCAAAUUCUAUUCUAAGCAUUUCUGAGGAAUCUCCGCCCAUUGUACAUUUUCCUGCCUCAAUUUUGGCGAAACAUGGCAAUAAGAACGAAAUGCAGUCCGAAGAAAAGCCCAAGAAAUGCGUAAAUAUUGACUCGAAGGAAACCACAAUAAAUUGCGAUGACAAAUGCGAUUCAGCAUCGGACAAAGAAUCGAGGGCAAACGUGACAUCAUCCCCGGCCGACCAGGAGGAGCAGCACAAUGAGGGACACGUGCUGGCCGUGGUGGCAGGUGAAUCUGGCCGGGAAUCAAUGCCACUGGCCAGGAUGCCAAUUGAUACGGAACGCAAAUAUGGCAAAAUAUCGGACGACAUAUAUCUAAUGUACAUACGAGCCGCCGGCCUGCCCAUAAUCACCAUCUUUUUUAUCACCGCACUAAUUUGGCAGUGUUUGCGUGUCUACACGGACGUUUGGCUGCAGCAGUGGAGCGAUGUCCACGGCGGAGUCGCGUCCAAGGGCCACGUGGUGCUCCAACCGCCGGAGCAGGACCACGAAGUCACGUACUAUUUUCGCAUGUACGCCGCCAUUUCGUGUGUUUGUAUAAUAAUGGCCCUGGUAUCAACACCGGCCGGACAAUAUGCCGGCUGUAAUGCCCGUCGUAAUUUGCACGAUAAGCUGCUGCAAACGAUUUUGCAUAAAACGCUGCACUUUUUCCAAGUGACCCCGCUUGGGCGUAUUGUGAAUCGUUUCAGCAACGAUAUGGCCGUCAUUGAUAAGAAAAUUGCCGCCACAGGACAACGCCUGCUGCAGUUCACUUUGCUCUGCCUUUCGGCCAUUCUCAUAAACGUCACCAUCACACCCUGGAUUUUGCUACUCACGCUGCCCAUCUGUGGAGCAUACUAUCUCAUUCAGAAGUUCUACAGGUGCUCAGCCAGAGAACUGCAGCGUAUUGAAAACGCAACUAACUCCCCCGUCAUAUCCCAUCUAUCGGAGACCAUUCAAGGAGUGACCACGAUUCGAGCCUUUAACCAACAGACUCGAUUCACCGAAAUCCUUUUCAAACGACUCGAGGCAAACACAAUCGCCUAUGCACUGCUCAACACCAGUCAUCGAUGGCUGGGAGUAUCUCUGGACUAUUUGGGUGGAUGCAUUGUUUUUGUGGCCACAGUGACGGCAUUGACAGCGGCGAGCGUCAGUUGCAGGAGGCACUACGAGGCAACCACAUCCCCAUCCGCAUCCCCAUCCCCAUUCGAAACUUAUGCUGUCACCAAGAGCCCGUCGGAGCUGAGACCAUCGCCAUCGCUGGUGGGUCUGGCCAUAAACUACACGUUGUUGGUGCCGAUUUACCUUAAUUGGGUUGUAAAACUUUUGGCUGAUAUGGAGAUGUAUGCGGGCUCCGUGGAACGCAUCGCCCACUAUGCCCAGGGACAGGACGCUGAUGCGGAUGUGGAUGCGGACUUGGAUCAGGAGCCGUCGUCCAAUGAAGAUGUGAGCGCCGAAGUCGAUAGGUCGUCCCAGUCGGCUGGUGACAAAGUUUACCCAGGCGCAACGACAGCUGCCGGUGAUGUUGAUGAAGAUGGAGACCAGCAACGAAAUGGAGGAGCACGCGGUGGCAGUGGUGGCUGUGGAGCCCGGCAAGGACAUGAAAAUGGGGCUGAGGCAAACGCUGAUAAAUUAAAUGCAGGCAAUGCAACCGGCGACGGCAAUCACUUAAACUUCAACCUCCCACCGGCGACAGCUGGCGACAAGGUGGAGCAGGCGACGACAAAGACGUCGGUGAUUAAAGAUAAGCAACUGCCACCGCAGCAGGACGACAAGGACAAGAAGGUCGUCCUGCCAAAUGAGCCGGCCAAGAAGCUCGAACGCUAUCAAAGUGUGCCAAUUUCGUGGCCACAAAGAGGUGAUAUCAAUUUCGAUAAUGUUAGUCUGCGAUACGAGGGGCAGAAACAAAAUGUCAUCAGCAAUCUAACACUGAAAAUUCCCGCCGGCCAACGGAUUGGCAUCUGUGGUCGCACUGGCAGUGGUAAAUCAUCCUUGGGUCUGUCCCUCUUCGGUGUCCUCCAAACGACCAGGGGCCACAUCUACAUCGACGACGUGGACAUCCAGCGCAUCCGACCAGACGAGCUGCGAACCAGACUGUCGAUAAUUCCGCAGGAUGUGCAUUUGUUCAACGCAACCAUACGUGAAAAUCUCGAUCCACACGGUUACUUCCAGGACCUGCAAUUGUGGAAUUGCCUCGAGUUGGCGCAGCUGAAGGAGUUUGUCAACGGGCACCUUCCACUCGGUUUGGACACGGUGAUAUGUGAUGGAGGUCUGAAUCUGAGUGCCGGCCAUCGACAGCUGUUGUGCCUGGCACGUGCCAUCUUGCGGGGAUCCGUGUGCCUCGUCCUGGACGAGGCAACAAGUGUCCUGGACAGCAGCACGGAGAGUGCACUGCUCAGGGCGGCGGAUCUGGCCUUCCGGGGUCGCACCAUCAUCACCAUUGCCCAUCGUCUGACAACUAUUCUGGAUUAUGACCGCUUAAUUGUGCUGGACCAAGGACGCAUCGUGGAGGAUGGCAAUCCCAGAGAGCUGCAGCAGCUGGAGGGCUCCGUAUUCCGUGGUUUGCUGGAGAAGGGCGCCAGCAAAUGGUAGAUCCUGGCUGCUUUCCGGCUAUUUAACGAUAAUUGUGUCAUACAGGGUUCUUAAGUGCAUGUGUACUGCAUUUUCCUAAAGAAGGACAUAUAUACUUAAUAUAUGUGUGAGUCUUAAAUGUAUUUAAGAAAGCCUCUAUCCUUAUAUGAUAUAUUUCCAAGUAUUUUUUUACUAGUCAUUUUUAGUUUCCACAAAGAGUGCUACAUAUACUUAAUUUUUGCGAAUAAUAAAACGAGAUAUUGUAUACACUU